CCUUCACAAGCUUGCUCUAGACCAAGAAUUAGCUGCAGACCUACUGAACUCAAGAGGAGGAAACCCCAGCAAAGUUAAUACCAGAGUAAUCCUGAGGCCGCACUAAUCACGUCUCUAACGUAAACUGUGGCUUUAGGAUCCUAGGAGGUAUUAAAAAACAUCUUAGAGUGUGAGAGACCUGUCCCCUUCGGGUCAGGCCGCUCCAUUGCGGAGUUUUUCCAAAGGCUAAAGGACUAUGGGCUCAUAAUUAAAAAGACAGCCAUGGGACAGACACAGCAGACGGAGAACAGUGAGGAGAUUGACGUCAAAAUGAUUCAAGACAUGUACAAAAAGUUUGUCAUGGAGUGCCCGAGCGGACGGCUUUUUCUUCACGAGUUCAAGCGUUUCUUUGGCGUGGAUCCGACAGGUGAAGCGUCAGAAUAUGCAGAGAACAUGUUUCGUGCUUUCGACAAAAACGGGGUAAGAAAGCAGAAGCUGACACAGCCUUGAAUUCUGUACAUGUUUUACUGGAGUGUGACUAGUUAGACAGCUGUCAUACUCUUCCUCUCAUUCACCUCCUUUUUUUAGGACAAUACAAUUGAUUUCCUUGAGUUUGUGGCAGCUCUGAAUCUGGUUUUCAGAGGGGAUCUGGAUCAUAAACUGCGCUGGUCAUUCAAAGUGUACGAUCAGGACAACAAUGGCUCUGUGGACAGGGAUGAACUUCGGGCCAUCGUUAAUGUAAGUACCUGAGUGUGAACUUUAAAAUGCCUUGUGGCUGCUGGAUGCAACUGCUCACUACUUUGACUGUGUUUCCUGUCCCUCUUUUUUCUCCAUCAAAUGCCACACUGCUUUGCUUUUGUCAUCUAAAAAGAACUGAGAGAACAUGUUAACAUUAUGGUGAAAGAAUAGAUGAUACUAAUAGCAUUAACAACAGCUCUAUGAGGUGUCCUUGUAAGCCACUGCAGACUAAAGUAAUACCAGGAGACUAAAACUGAAGCUGCUAAAUAAAACCCAGCUGUCUGUCGUUUUACAGACUAUAUCUGUGAUUUCCACCAUAAUUACCAAAUCCAUCAAAUUCCAUUUUUAUCAUGACUGGUUGUCAAAGCUAUGUAAAUUUGUUAUUUUCCAACUGAGAUUAUUCUCACCAAUUUUGAUCGCAUAAUCUAAAUUUUUACAUUUUUUGUAGAGACCAACAGAAAUCAGAAAAGUUGAUCUCUCAAAGAAACAAAUUUACGAACAAGCUACAAGCUUGUCUAUCGUCCUGUUGGCAUGACAGCAUAGAUGGUCAUGUUGAGAUUUGGAUUAUCUUGUCAACCUGGCACUCAGCAGCAUCAUUAAUCCAACAACCGCCUCGAUUUAGCUUGUUUUUGCACUCUUUCACGGCCAUGUUGUUUUGCUGACAAGCACGGGAAAGUUGAACGAAAUUCGAAAACCAGUAUCUAUUUUUAGACUGAGCCACUAAAUCUGUAAAAGUAGUUUGUUUUUAAAUUGGUUUAUUAAUUAUAUUAGCUUGAUUAGCUUGCACACGAUAUUUUGUAAGUAAAGUCAUGUACAUGACAUUGCCGAAAUACCUGAGGUGAGUCAGUGCAGAUGUUUAGGUUUCACCUCUAUUUUUUUUCAUCCUUUUUACACUAAACAACUUUCUUCUUUUCCAUCUAGAGCAUCUAUAAGAUAAAGAGAGGCCAAAAGAUGGACACACCUGAUGGGCAGAUGACCGUUGAUCAGAUUGUGGAUCGGAUAUUUCAGGCUGUGGACACUGAUGGAGAUGGUAAGCUUUCCACCAAGUUUAGUGGCAUAUAUGCAGAUGUUCUUGUUGGGCCAACAAAGCAAAAAAAAAAAAAAGCCUGACUUUAUUCUUUAUUAUGUUGUUUCACAGGUCAAAUCACCGUGGAGGAGUUUAUCCGGGGUGCAAAGCAGGACCCCUGGCUGUUAAACAUGCUGAAGUUGGAUAUAAAACCCACCAUAUGGAUGAUGGAGCAGAGAAGAAAGAGUGCCCACUUUUAAAAUGUCACAGCCAAAACACUUUCAAUCCUGACUCCAAAAACACAGCAGCUCUAUUCAGCAGACAUAUGCUGAAUUUUCCACCUCCCUUUUUUUAAAGGAGUUUGCAACAAGGCCACGGUGGCGAUGAUAGACCAUAUCGCCACAGUGGGCAUCAUUAUGUUAGGAAGCUCAACUAUUGCUGUAAUGUUCUGCUAAACUAUUGAGGAUCCAUGUUAUCCAGGCAUUAUCCAUGUUUUUACCUCUAAAGCAGUAAGGUAUAUUAACAUAGCUGAGCUUCUCACUCUUAUACAGAAAGAUGGCCAGCGUGGGAGUACGGCCUCUUGAUUCGCUACAUUCGAUUGUAAAAACAACUUCUGUUUGGACUUGAACAUGCGUCUUGUUUGUUAAUAGAUGCAGCUUUACCUGUUAAAUGGCUUAUGCACAAAAAAUACUUGGUUAGCCUUAAGGUCAUGGUUUGGGUUUUAAGACGUACCUGUCCAGACAGGCCAAUCUUAUUACCAAGGUGCACACAUUGUGUGACUUAAAAGUAGCCGUCCUCUAUAAAGACACCAAUACUGGCAGUUUCACACUGAAAUUUAUCAAUUUUCUCAUUUUCUGGAUAAAACUCUUGGGUUUAUGUUUCUCAUCCACCCACUGAAUAAGAGCACCUUCUAUCCAAGGCCUGAAGUGGACUUUUUAUGACUUCAACAGCAAACCAAAAUUACCAUCAAAUGGAGUGGGACUAAGCUGUCAAAGCCUAUAGGCCUUCCCCAUUGGGGAUCUAUGGUGAAACCAAUUACAGCUAGCUUAAAAGCUUUUAAGAAAAGUUUAAAACAACAUUUAGGAUAUUUUUGUGUAUUUAAUGUGUUUGACUGCUAACUCAAGCCACAGCCUUUUUGUUAUUAACUGUUAAUAUGUAAAAAAGUGAAUUAAUGAUAUGCUUGCUUUUGUAUUUUUGUGAUUUUUUUUCUACUGACUUUAGCUUUUUGUUCUUUGAGACCCCAGAUUUUCAUGUUGUGGAAACUGAAUUAAAGUCAAAUGGCAAAUCAA